UGUGAAGAGCUCUUCUGUAAUGGCGGCAAAGACAAAAUAACGUAUGCUGUUUGACGUCCAGUGGAAAACUGGACUUUUUACCUAUAUCAGAGGAUGGCAGCUUGUUAUUGUGAUGUAGCAUCAAUGAUACAAACUGGUGUCUUAUGAAGACCUGUACAUGUAACGGGCAGUGUAUCCAACAAAAUGACUAGUGGCUCUGAAGAUGAACUUAUGUCCAGCAAAACACAAAAUGAUGCAACCCAUAGUACAGAGGAGGAUUUCUACCCAACAAAGAUCUGGGGCUUGGAUUACUACUUCAUGAUAUUUAACAAGAUGUACAUAGCCGAUGUUCUACAGUUGAGAGAGAAUACCAUGUUUCCAGGGACAUACAUGUACAGAAGCCAUCCAUUAUUCAAGGUCGACAUCAUUGGAAUAGUUGUCAAAGUGGAACAGAAUCACACAUGUUUUACAUACACAGUUGAUGAUGGGACAGGUGUCAUUCCCUGUUGCUGUUGGAGAAAGGACCUGUUUAAUAUGCCAGAUCCUGGGACAAAUUGGUUGGGACUUCCUUCUGACCUGCAAGGUUUGGCAGCCCGAAUUGCUGACCACAAGACACAUGAGGGCUACAUGCUCGGAGAUUUGCUACGGAUACGAGGAAAAGUGAAGAUGUUCCGAGAUCAACGGGAAGUGGUUGCCCUGUACCAUACACGACUUGAUGACCCUAUGGAAGAGGUGCUGCGAUUAGCUGAACUGCCUAAACUGUACAAACAAAACUAUGACCAACCUUUCCAACUCCCACGCAAGGUUCAGCUGGAGAUAGACAGCAAUCAAAGGGAAACUGCUACUGGAGUCUUGUCAAAGGAAAGCCUGGUGCUGCAAAUGAAGAAAGCAUUGAUGAACUAUUUCCAGAAGAAUCAGACAAGGGAGAUUACUCUCCUAGAUAACUUACUGGGACAAAUAGACUUCAAGUUUAUGUGCAAUGAAUACGAGAAGAAAUGGUGUGCAGAGGAAGCGCUGGCACGCCUUGAAGAGGAGGGAAAGAUCUGCACUCGACAAGAACAAGAACAUAACGUGCUGGAGGUACUUACAAACUCUUCUGCUCUAGAAAAGACUCUUCUUGACAUCCUCGGCAAGAAAUGUUCCAACUCAAAGUAUGCAGACACAGGGUGCCACUUUCUUAACCUGCACCAAGAAGUUUGUCGGACAUACCAGUAUGCUAAGGUCAAGGUCAGUGCAGUUUGCACCUGUCUCACACAACUGGAAGAAAACAGUGACAUCAUUAGGAUAGCUAAAGACAAGUAUAGGACAGUGUCGUAAGUUCUCUUCCGUAAAACAUCAAGGUCAUGAAGUGAAGGUCACUGCCAAACAACAACCUACCUGGUCAUCCAACAGUGAAUGUCAGUGCUAUUUGGUGAUUUUAUAUAUCUGAUCUUGGGUAAUAAACAUUCAAGGUCAUAAAGCAAAGAUCAAGGUCAAACUACUAUGGCCAUCCAAUCGUGAUUUUAAUUUUAUUUUGGGGGCCUCCUUAUAAGUACAUAGCUGUACCUCAUAGAGCACUUUGGUGACAACAUGUUAUGUCAGCGUGUGACUUUGCUUUGAUUUCCAAAGUCUUUCUGACAUCAAAAUAAGGACAGGAUUCUGUUGACUUUCCACCGACUUCCAAGGUCAUCCAGAAAUACAACGAACUGAUCUCUGGAUUCAACUUGUUCUUUCAAAGUCAUCAUAUUUGCUGUUUUGCUAAUCCUUGUCAAGAUAAUUCAGUUAUUUGAUUGAAUGUGAUCUUUUGAUCCUGCAACCUCUGACCCGGAAGAUUUUGUACAUGUAACUUCUAAGCUGCAUGUUGUAAAUGACACUGCACUAAUGUAGUGUGCCAUUUGUAUUUUACAAAUUAUAUUUAUUUUUGCUAUUA